AGCAGCCUGAGGAAAAACCGUGAAGUUUUUAACCUACACUAGUGAUGCACGUAGUGUUCGAAAGUUGUUGAAAAAAAGUUUCCAUUAACCCUGAGGCUCGAGAUGUCUUCUAAUGAAGGUAAACCUCCAUCAGAAAAAACAGGUGAACAAAGUGAUGGAGCCACGGGAGGAGAAGAAGACAAGCAGGAGGAGGACUCGUCAGUGAGUUUUCUGGAAAAAUUACUGGCCAAGUUUAAACCACCAUCCAGUGAUGAGGCUUUGCCAGAAAAGGAAAAACCAGAACAGUUAUUAGAGGAAGUGACAUUUGAAGGAGUUGGAAAAUACAUCAAGGAAGGACAUUGUAAAAAUAUCAUUGUCAUGACUGGGGCAGGCAUUUCAACGGCGGCAGGAAUUCCAGACUUCAGAUCUCCAGGCACUGGUCUUUAUGAUAACUUGCAAAAAUAUGACUUACCCCAUCCCCAGGCAGUAUUUGAGAUAGGUUUCUUCAGGUCAAACCCAGAACCAUUCUUUGCAUUAGCUAAAGAGCUUUAUCCUGGACAGUUCAAACCCACAAUUACACACUAUUUUAUCCAGUUAUUACAUGAAAAAGGGUUGCUACUGCGCAAUUACACUCAGAAUAUUGACACUCUUGAACGUGUUGCUGGCAUUCCAGAAGAGAAACUUGUUGAGGCACAUGGCUCAUUUCAUACAGCACACUGCGUAGAUUGUAGGAAAGAGUACACACAUGAAUGGGUUAAAGACGAAGUAUUUGCAGACAAGGUUCCUAGGUGUCCUGACUGUGAAGGAGUCGUUAAACCAGACAUAGUGUUCUUUGGUGAAUCCCUGCCACAUGUCUUUCACAAACGUGUUCCUCAGGAUAUGCCCAAGUGUGAUCUGCUGAUCGUGAUGGGUACUUCUCUUGUAGUGCAACCUUUUGCUUCCCUAGUUGACAGAGUUCCAGAGACAACUCCAAGAUUGUUAAUAAAUAAAGAGAAAUGUGGACAUCAGGCUGACUUCUUCACGUUGUUGAUGGGCGGCAGGAGUGGAUUCAAAUUCGAUAACGAGGACAAUUACAGGUUGUGUAUGCAAAGAUACAUGUUUGUUUGUUGUUUUAAGUACAUGUAUUUUAUACCGUGACACGUAGGCUACAGCCGAUCAAAAGGUUAGAAAACUGUUGCAUAUCUGGUGGCAUGCUGCAAUGGCUGGAACUUGGUACGUGCCCAGAGGCCGCACUCCUUUUGGUCAGCACCAAGAAUCGCGACCUCCAGCCUAGUCCAACACGAAAGGUCUCAAAAACCGCUGAUUGGCUGGGGACUUUUUUAAGGACGCGUGCGCAGAACAUUGACCGCUGACUUACUGCGGGGAUUGGAAGCGCGAUCGAGUGGCCAUUGAACGGUAGUUUGUGUGAACUGCGCUCGAUUGUGCUCUUUUCACCACAAGUUGGUGCUUUUUGCUUGGC